CUUCACGGAACGAGCACUUAAGAGGAAGAGAAAGGAUCGAAACUCUGUGGAAAACCAAACUAUGUGGUCUUCAGAAAUGAGAGAUGCAGCCAUCUGAAAUGGUCAUGAACCCCAAACAAGUCUUCCUCUCAGUGCUGAUGUUUGGAGUAGCAGGGCUACUCCUCGUCAUGUAUUUGCAAGUCUGGAUUGAAGAACAACACACAGGACGAGUGGAGCAGAAAAGAGAACAAAGAGCAGCUUCAGGAUGGGGGCCUGUAAAUUACUUGCAGCCUAUAGCCAGAAUCAGGGAGACAGAAAAAAUCCAGGACCAUAUCACCAACCAGAACCCCAAGUCCCACAUGUCCGAGGAGCCCAAGAAUAAAGAGGAAAAUCUACUCAACUCUGAGAGGCCUACUAGGGUCUUCACAGAGAACAACCACUCCCAAGGAGAGGCUCAAGUUUUGAGUAGGAUCACAGGAUCACCAACAAUUCAGUUGAUUGAAAAACAUCAAGGGACUAAGACCCUUUUCAGGAAGUUCAGCGAAAUGAAUUGGCCGGUGGACAUUCGCCCUUUAAACAAAAGCUUAGUCACAGAUAGCAAAUGGAAGAGAAUUGAUGCAACUCAAGAAAAACGCAGGUCUUUCCUUCAGGAAUUUUGCAAGAAGUACGGUGGGGUGAGUCGUCCUCAAUCCCAUCUUUUUCACAUGGUCUCCAGGAUCUAUGUAGAAGAUAAACACAAAAUUUUAUACUGCGAAGUACCAAAGGCUGGCUGUUCCAACUGGAAGAGGAUUCUGAUGGUACUCAACGGAUUGGCCCCCUCCGCGUACAACAUCUCCCAUGAUGCUGUUCACUACGGGAAGCAUUUGAAAAAGCUCGACAGCUUCGACUUAAAAGGGAUUUAUACUCGUUUAAAUACCUACACCAAAGCUGUGUUUGUUCGUGAUCCCAUGGAAAGAUUAGUGUCUGCAUUUAGGGACAAAUUUGAACACCCCAAUAGUUAUUACCAUCCAGUAUUUGGAAAGGCAAUUAUAAAGAAAUAUCGGCCGAAUGCCUGUGAAGAAGAAUUAAAUAAUGGAUCUGGCGUCAAAUUCAAAGAGUUCAUCCACUAUUUGCUAGAUUCCCACCGUCCAGUAGGAAUGGACAUUCACUGGGAAAAGAUCAGCAAACUCUGCUAUCCAUGUUUGAUCCACUAUGAUUUUGUAGGAAAAUUUGAAACUUUGGAAGAAGAUGCCAAUUACUUUUUACAGCUGAUUGGAGCUCCAAAAAAGCUGAAAUUUCCCAACUUUAAGGAUAGGCACUCUUCUGAUAAAAGAACCAAUGCUCAGGUGGUGAGACAGUAUUUAAAGGAUCUGACUAGAACUGAGAGACAAUUAAUCUAUGACUUUUAUUACUUGGAUUAUUUGAUGUUUAAUUAUACAACUCCAUUUUUAUAG